UCAUGUCGUUGCAGUUUUAGAUGAGGUUACAGCUUCAAGGUCUCAUCAAUGGAGGUUUCUAACUCUUAUUCUCCUUAUUCCUCAUCCUCUGUCGACAGUACUAAGCCUUCACCUUCUGAAUCUUCUGUUAAUCUCUCCCUUAGCCUCACCUUUCCCUCUACUUCUCCACAAAGAGAAGCAAGACAAGAUUGGCCACCGAUAAAACCAUUGUUAAGAGGUAAACUAAAGGGUCGUCGUCUUGUUCAACGCGGUGACGACACAUCUUUCUUUGUUAAGGUCUAUAUGGAAGGUGUCCCCAUUGGGAGAAAGCUCGAUCUUUGCGCAUUCUCAGGCUACGAGAGCCUAUUAGAAAACCUGUCUCACAUGUUCGAUACUUCAAUUAUCUGCGGUAAUCGAGAUAGAAAACACUAUGUUUUGACAUAUCAAGACAAAGAUGGGGACUGGAUGAUGGUCGGUGAUAUUCCAUGGGAUAUGUUUCUUGAAACCGUGAGAAGACUGAAGAUCACAAGACCCGAGAGGUGUUAAAAACUUGGAUCGUUCCGUUUCACAACUCUGUUUUCACAGUUUUGAGAGAUUUAGGCAUUGAUGAAGAGUCUUCAUGCGGGACAGAGCUCUUGCUGCAUAUCGCAACAGAGGCCUUAAAGAAGUUGGAGAAUUGAUGGAUAUAUAUAUUUAUUUGGCACCUUUGAGUGUGAUUCUUUAUAGAAAUAAAUCACAAUAUCCAAGACUUUUUCUUU